AUGGCAAGCAAAUUUAUAAUACAAUAUGCCAUUAAUUACAAUUUGAGUCAUUUAAAUCAUAGUUUUUUAAAAAAUAUUUUCUAUGUAAUAAACAGAAAGUAUGCAUCAACACUAUAUAUUUCUGGUAGAAACGCCAACAAAACUUUUGCAUUUAUUUCACCUUAUUUAGACUUUGAUGAACGUUUUGAUGAUAUCGAUAAAUUGCAGAGAGAAUUAAAAUUGCGUAAACUUAAUAUGAAUGCAAUAGAAAUGAAAAAAGCAUGGGACUUUUAUAAAACUAUUGAAGCAAAUAAUACAACUCUAGAAAUUAGAAGGAAAGAGAUUUCAUCAGAAAUAAUAUCAUUACGAGAAAAGAAAGAAAAAACUUCUGAAGAUGAGCACCAAUUAGCAAACUUACUUUUGCAGGCUAAAAUAAUUAAGCAAGAUAUAAAAGCUGUUAAAGAAUUGCAAUGGGAUCUAGAUGAAAGUAUUAUAGAAAAAUUGUUAAAAUUACCAAAUAAAUUACAUGAAAGAACACCACCAGAAAAAUCUGUAAUAUUACAAAAUAUUGGAAGAUUAUGUGUUUUACCAGAAAAUAAUAGAAAAAGUCAUAUUGAAAUAGGGAAAUUACUUAAUUUAGUUGAAUAUAAAAAUCCAAUGACUUAUUAUUUAUUAAAUGACGCAGCUUUAUUUGAAUACAGAUUAUUAAAUUUAGCUGGAAAAAUACUUAGUGAUAAUAAUUUAAUCAGGAUUACAGGAUCAGAUUUUUGUCGUAGUAUAUUAGUUGAAGGUUCUAGUUUAAAUCACGAAGAUCCUAUAGAGACUUUUAUAUUAGAAAAUAUUAAUGAAUCCGAUAGAGAUUUAUUAAAUCAUAUGCAUUUAGUUGGUGGGGCAAGUUUAACAUCUAUGCUAGGAAUUCAUGCAAAACAGUUAAUAAUGCCACAAUAUUUUCCAAUAAAAUAUUAUUCAGUUGGUAGACAAUAUAAACCGAUUCCUAAAGAAACCACACUAUCUGGUUUAUUUACUGUUUGUCAAGCAUCGGCUAUACAUAUCUUCUUAAUGAUAAACGAUACAGAAUCUAUAAGAUGCACAACUGAAUUUGAAAAGAUGUUAGAAAUUAUUUGUGAAUUUUAUAAUAAUAUUACGGAUCAUUAUCGGGUCGUUAUGCGAUCGGCACCAGAAUUACAAAUAUGUGAAGAAAUGAGAAUAUCUUUUGAAUUAUGGUCAUCUUUCUCUGAACAAUACAUAGAAGUUGGUCAUAUUUCAAUGUAUGGCAAAUAUUUUAGUAAGAGAUUAUUAAUAGGAUAUGAAACAACAGAAGGUAAAGAAUUUCCUUCGAUCAUAUCUGGUACAAUGCUCUCUGUACCUCGAAUAUUAGGAUGUUUGCUGGAAGAAAAUCCUAACAAACUUGUAAUACCUUCAAAAAAUCUUUGAACAAAUAUCUAUUUAUCAUCCAAUAGACACAGAAUUAAAUUAAAAAGAAAUCAUUUUAAAUAAUUAAGAUAUUGGCACCUAGAAAGUAUGAAAUUAUUCAUUAUAUGUUAUAUUGUAAUUAAAUGUAAAAGAAAAUAAAAUUUAUUAGGAAAUUAACAUAAGACUGCUCAUCAUUGUCUUCCAUGCGAAGUGUAUGUGACUUCAGCGACAAAUGUAGACAAAAUAUGAACUACGAGUGCAAGUUGAGAAUACUGACCCCAUCAUGCGUUUAUCAGAUUCGUUUCACAAGUUUAUAGAAAAUAAUAAAUAUAAUUGGUACAUAUAAUAAUUAUGUGUAAUAAAUAAAUAAUAAAUUUGUGACAGAAAACAAGAUUUUGUUGAAUGUUUUGUCAAAAAUAAUUAAUGAAUACUUAUAUAUUAAAUAUAUUUAUUAAUUAUUAUUAUAGUAGAUACCGAAACAUAUUUUGAUUUUUAUAAAAAAUAAUAUAUAAUAUAUAAGUAUAUAUUCAAUAAUUAUUAUUUUUGACAAAAUAAUUAAUAAAAUCUUAUUUUUAAUUACAAAUUUAUACAUUUUAUACACAUUUGUCAUUAAACGAAAUUAAACCGGUGCUAUAUAUCUAAUAUAAAUCACUGUGAAGCUUAUGUCAGAUACUAAUAAAGGAAAUAAAUAUGAGAAAUUGGAUAUCAUAAGUUUAUUCUAGUAAUACUUUACUAAUCAUCAAGGAAGGAAGAACUUAAAAAAUUUCAGAUUCGAAUGUAAGAAAUAUAUAAAAACAUUACUUACUUCUUAUGUUAACACUUACAUAUUACGUAUUUCUAAUUGUUUAUCAACGUAAAAUAUACUUUUAUAAUUAUAUACGUUUUACUGUUAUAUUUCGAGAAUUUUGAAAAAUGAAUAAAGAUUUUUUUUUAUUAAAUUUUGAAAAUGUAUAAUAGAUUCAUAAAAUUUACUUUUCCCAGCUCUAAAUAUUGUUUCUAUUAUUCUGUAUUUUGACAUCUAUCAAUAAAUUUUGUAAACAUUUUUAAUAUCAGGCUUCACCGUAUGAGGAUUGUGAAGCUCAUUUCUUUGUGUUUGAAAUAAAUCAGAAAAUCUAAACAUUAAUUUACGCAUGCAAUCAAACAAAUAUUCAUCUACUUUACGGAAACAAAACACAUACACCAUUCAAGCGUGAUAUAAAAAUCAUUAGUGGGGAUACGAGCUUCUUCUCUUUUGCUGCAUAUUUUAAGGAGUGCCACUGUACGAAACUUUUUCCUUGCGAAAAAUGUUGAAAACAGCGUUUAUGUUAACAAUGAAUUUAAACAUAAUUUUUAGACGAUUUUUCGAAUAAGUUCUUAUUUUAAAGAUAAAGGUUUAAGCGAUGACACGGCUUUUCUAAAUUUUUGAAAAAACUUUAUUUUUAUGCAUAAACGAUUCUAUUAGAAACAUUAUUUUUUGACAUGUUUUACAAAAAAAAAUAAAAAAUUCAAAAAUUUUAAAAAGCCAUAUACUCGUUUAAAUAUUCAUCUUUAAAAUGUAAUCUUCUUUAUCAAAAACGGUUAAGAAUUGCAACUGGGUUCAUUGUUGGCGUUAACCAUUAUAAAACCAAGGAUAAUGUGAACAGUCAUACAAAUGAUUUUAUGUUUGUGUGUAUUUAUCUGUAAUUGUGUGUGUAAUCAUAAUUUUUAUAAGUCAUAACUACGCCGAUCAUAAUACGAAGAUGAGAAGAAGAAAAUUAUUUUAUAUCGAAAUAAAAUAAAUAUUUUAUUUGUAAGAUCGAACAAAUUUACAUAUCCAAGAAGAAUUUAAUUUGCUUUAAAUCAUGGACCAAUUAGAAAAUUUGAAAGUGCCGCCUUAUCUCAUACCUCCUUUUUUAUAUGAUAUUUUUGUGUGUAAGAAUAUAUUGAUAGAUAUCUCAGAAGAGAAAAAUCCUUGGUUUGGAGGGCUCUCAAAGAGGGCUCUUAUUAUUUAUUGUAGCACACGUUUACCGUUUAAUAAGAACGUAUAAGGACUGUACAUCUGGCAGAAUAUAUGAUGAAAAUAUAUCUAAUGGUACCGUCAAAGAAGAUUACAAAGAAAAAAAAAGGAAAAGAAAAAGAAAGAAAGAACCAAGAAAAAAAAAUAAACGUCCUAGUGUAUAUCUGGGUCGACUAAAAACGAUACAUAAGAAGAUGGAAGCGCGAGGAAAGCGUAGUGAAACUGGUCAAGAGAAGCACGAGACACGGCACGUAGCAUUGCCGAGCCGCACUUGGGUCCGACCGCACCUGUGGGCCCACUGGCCGCCCACUUUUCCACUUACCCCCACUUACCGCGGUCACCAAACACCUACCGACUAUAAAGGGGACUUUUUAUCUUGCUCUCAUCUACGGCUUAUUCAUCUUAUAUUUUUUGUUCUACAGGAAACGAAGAAAAUAUAUCUUGAUUCGUUGGAAUCCAACUGUCUUGUUUGUGAAAACUGACUAUUCUAAUCGUUAAAUUAUUUUGAUGUUUUUUAAUUAUUUCUUUUUAAGUUUAUUUAUCGCUUUAAUUACUUCUAAUCACUUGGUCGUAAUGCAUAAACAGCAAACGCGUAGAUGUCUAAAAACGAACGAUGAAAUUACAAUAUUAAAUAUUUUUUUGAAAAAUGAAAGUGUAUGUGUGUGUAUAUAUAUAUUUAUUAUAGCGGAAAUAAUCCGAAAUUCAACAGCAAUGAUUUUUUUUUAUAUUAGUUCGUAUAAAAGAUAAUAUCUUUUUGUUUUUACGUAUAAAAAUUCAUCAUUAUUUCUUAAAAGCGCGAAUGGUAUAUGAAUUGUUAAAAGAAGCAGAUGUGUAAACGGGAUUUAUUCGACAUUGGACUCGUAUAGUUCCUUAUUUGUACAUACAUAUGUAUCACUAUAUGAGUCAUAUAGGCAUGAAUAUUCGUGAAGAUUCCUCGAAUGGAUCGGUAAAGAUUUGUAUAAAGAUAACGUAACCAUACGUGAAUUAUUUUAUAAGUAUUUAUAUACUGAGGAAUAUUAAAUAUAUCCAUUUAAAUAAGUAAAUAUAAA